AUGGAACUGUUUCGAAAAAUGAAAGCUUGCAACGGCCUACUCGGUUUUUGUUCUUGGUAUACGGAUAUCGGCAAACUGGACUCGACUUUGCGGCAACGACGAGAACGUUUGCGUUGUCGAGUGCGGCGUGCGGUGGUAGCUGGAGCAGCGGCUUCUUCGCUCGACGGGUCGCGCACGCAUGCACGCGGGACACCAGGACACCGACUGGUGCGAGGGCAGAUGCCCGCGCCUAAAAUUGGGCGGCCGAAAACCGAAGUGAAGCGAGAGACCUUCCGUAUGCCAGAACCGGUAAAGGAGGUCGAGGCAGAAGCGGGCGCUGUUCGAGGGCGCCCGAAAACGAAGCGUGUGACGGACACGGAGUUCGUGCCGAUGUGGAAAGUGAUUCUACUAGGCGACAAAGAAUAUGAGGAAAAGCACGUCAUAGAAUCGCUAGUGAAGACCAUCCCAAAAAUGGACAAGGAGGAGGCGCGACGAAUUUUCAAAGAGGCCCAAGCUGUUGGGGAAUCUGUGGUUACCGUUGUCGCUCAGGAGCACGCCGAGUUCUACGCGACGAUGCUGCGGCGAUGCUCGCUUUACGUGCGAAUCGAACCGGAGUGA